CGCGAGGCAUGGGAAUGCGAGUGAUCGGCAUUGAUGCGGGGAGCAAGAAAGAGCUGGCAACUGAAUGCGGAGCGGAAGUCUUCGUUGACCACACGCAAGGAAACGCCGAAGAGGAAGUGAAAAAGGCUACGGGUGGCCUUGGUGCUCAGGCUGUUCUCGUACUCACAGCAGCAAACGCUGCUUAUGCCUCCGCUAUGGGCAUGCUCAAGUUUGGCGGUACAUGUGUCUGCGUCGGUUUACCUGAGGGUGAACUCAAGCCCAUCGCCACAGCUUUUCCUCAGUUCUUGGUUGCUAGGGCCCAAAAAAUAAUCGGUGUUGCCGUGGGGGAUCGUAGAGACGCGAUUGAGGCGCUCGAGUUUGCGGAGCGUGGACUUGUCAAGACCCAUUUCCGCACUGCCAAGAUGGAGGAACUAACGGCGAUAUUUGAGGAAAUGGACAAGGGCGAACUGAAAGGUCGGGUCGUACUUGAUUUACAGUAGAGCGAUGUGCCAAUAUCUGAGCGGUUGACGAAUGAAAGCUGCGGCUGGAAACGAGCACUGCGAGUGGUGGGAACAGUGCCGUUAUCAAGGUGUUGAUAUUUGGUGCAUUGUAUACAUUUGAUGUAUGUGCCUCAUAAACACUCUGUGUGAGCAAUUUCGUAUCCUGCUGAAGCGACAAUCUAGUCUCGCUUGCCAAAGACCUUGUCGUAGUCCGUCAGAACGUAGCGGUACCUCACCUUGUUCUCAGAUACCGCGGUCACGGCCUCCUUGCAUCCUGCCUCGCUGAUUGGGACUGUCUGAAUCCACGACUUGAUGCUCUGCUUCGAAGCAAGAUCGAACAUAGCAAGCAUUUCAGGGCGGUUUCCGAUGUGAGAUGCGCCGAAGUAACAUCCGGAACCAGCGAAAUCCUGGGCCAUCAAAGUCGGUAAUGGGUGAUCUCCGAAGCCGACAGUGUGGAAGCGACCCAUGACUUUGAGUGUACUGAAGUAGUCUUUCAGGUUGAACUUGUGAGUUGCAUCGGCACAGUUGAGAAUGAAGUCGAAGGUGAAGGCAUAGUCCUUGUGCCAGUCUUUCUGGUUGGUGUCGAUGAAAUGUUUAGCACCCAUCUUCAGUGCAUCGUCCUUCUUGUUUGGACUAUGUGAUAGCACGUAGACUUCGGCGCCGAGAGCACGAGCGAACAACACAGCGAAAUGUCCGAGACCUCCAAUACCCACGAUUGCAACCUUCUUGCCCGGACCAGCUCCCAAGCGUACGAGAGGCGAGUAAACUGUGAGGCCUGCACAAAGCAUGGGUGCUGCUAUCGCGCUUUCAAUGUUGUCCGGAAUUUUGAAUGUGAAGUAUUCAUGUGCACGGAUGUGUGAGGAGUAGCCGCCUUGAGAGAUGGUGCCGUCGCUGUAUUGAGAACCGUACGUGUCGAUCAUAUUGGGACAAUAGUUCUCCUGGUCUGCUUUGCAGUUUGUGCAGGUCAGAUCCGCCUGUAUCUGAGCUCCAACACCGACGCGAUCUCCGAUUUUGAUUGUUUUGACAUCCUUUCCAACCUUGAUAGCUUUUCCAACAACCUCAUGACCGACGCAAAUGGGGAGCGGACAGUCUCCCCAGCCGCCAUUGAUUUUGUGCACAUCCGACCCGCAUACACCACAGCAUUCAAUCGCGAUGUCGAUGUCACGGUCCUCGAAUGGCUUGAGCUUGAACUCUUGCUUCUUGAAGUCGGUCCACUUCUUCUGAUCUUCGAUCAUGAAGCCCUCGGCGGUGUCUGGAUAAGGCAUCUUGGCAGAUUGUGGGAAAGAAGCCCUGCGUGGUUGGUGUGGAUAGACGAGAAAUGCUCAACAGACGCAGGCGCGAGUCGCGCAGAAUGCUGGUCCUUAUAAAGUGGCCGUGCCUUGCUUGUGCGCUCUCGGAGAAUCUCAGAGCUCUCAAUGGGGGUGAGGUCAUCCCCCGUCAACGAAACGGCACCAUGCGUCUUUGAUUCUCUUCGAACUCAACGUCGCCGCGAAGCACGCAUUGCCAGCCUUGCCGCAUUUUUCAAAGGCCCCAGCCGUCGACAUUGUCCACGGCAUUUUUUCAUCUUCGUCCGCCUGGAAGCUGCACUCUUGUUCUGUGGAAUCACAUUUCGCCAUCCGGACGAUCUCCGGCCGAACACGUCUGUCUGGGCGGCGGGCGCGCUGCGGGGCGCUUCCACGCGUCGUGUUUGAUUUCGCUCAAUACGGCCUCUCCAUUCACUCCGGCCGCUUGCACCUGCUUCUUCUCCGUUGACUGCCUCCACAAUCGGCCCAGGGAAGCAGGCAGAAAUCCCUAAGAGAUCCUCCUGGAGUGGACCCCAAUUCAUCCCGAUGCCAAGAUCAGUCUUCACGGCAACGAGCAUGGCGGCAACCCCUCACUCCUUUCACUGUUGCCCCGCGUGCUCGCGACCCUGGAAUAAUGAGCUUAAGAGGAGGCUCUUGUGAUCGCAUGCCUCCAUACGGCAUGCCGUGGAUGCCGUCAACAUAGUUCCGUAAGUAGCAGGUGUUGAUCAGUUAAGACGUGUCGAGGUCCUCGAUGCCCUGCUUGCCCGGCUUCCUACAUUUCCACAUCCCAGCUGCUCAAGCAUCAAUAUGGCCCACGAAACUAUCCAGGACAGCAACCUGCCACAUUCGAAAGAAAACCAGCCCACAUCGGAGAGUGUAAAGUCGAUGAAGGCGGUGCGCUUUCAUGGUAAAGAGGAUUUGCGGUUUGAAGAUAUUCCAGAGCCGGUUUGUGGACCUGGUCAGGUAAAGGUCAAACCGGCCUACCAAAUAGCUAACAGUUGUCCUGACCUUCACGAAUACCUCGGCGGGCCCUCGUUGUGUCCAGAAAGCAAACCACAUCCGAUUACCGGGGAGACAGUACCGCUUACGUUCGGGCACGAGUUCAGUGGAGUGAUUGAAGAGGUUGGAGAAGGUGUUUCCGACCGAUUCAAGGUUGGCGGCCGAGUUGUAGUGGCGCCCAUUAUCUACGACGGCGACUGUGGCGCAUGUCAAGACGGGCUUGUCAAUUGCUGUUGGAAGAACGGCUUUGUCGGCCUGAGCGGUUGGGGGGGAGGCCUUUCAGAGCAUUUGGUGGUUCCGGAGUAUACACUUUACAACUGCCCGGACAAUGUCGGCCUAGACGUGGCAGCGCUCGUAGAGCCACUCGCAGUUGGCUGGCAUGCUGUGAAUUCGAGUCCCUUCAAGCGAACAGAUACAGCCUUGAUCCUUGGGGGAGGUCCGAUCGGGUUAUCCGUCGUUCAAGCCUUACGCGCUCGCGGAUGUCCACAGAUCAUUGUGUCUGAAGUGUCCGGAAUGCGAAAGCAGUUUGCAAAAGAUCUCGGCGCCCACGUGGUUCUAGACCCGACCAAGGAUGAUAUCGUUGCCGAAUGUCUCAAGUUGACAAAUAAUCGUGGCGUCGACGUUACUUUCGAUGCGGCUGGUGUGCAACCAGGUCUCGACCAAGCCGUGAACUCGCUCAAGGCCCGCGGCACCCACGUCAAUAUCGCGAUCUGGGAGAAAAGAUGUACACUUUGGCCAAAUGACCUUGUCUUCAAGGAGCGAAGAUACCUCGGAGUCGCAACAUAUGUUAAGAGUGACUUCCAGGAGGUCAUAGAUGCCAUUUCGGAUGGGCGGCUUGACAUGUGUAAGAAAAUGAUUACCAAGAGAAUAGAAAUGAGAGACGUGGUCGAGGAAGGCUUUAAGACAUUGAUCAAUGAUAAAGACCGACAAGUAAAGAUAUUAGUGAAGGGGAGUGGUGAAAUCUAAGAAGGGAGGACGUGGCU